GAGGGACGCUAACGUGGAGCCUUAACUUAAUCAUUUUAUUCUUCUCCGUGUUCUUCACGGGAGGCGUUAGCACCAGCAACAAGUGGACCUCUCCGCAAGGAUUAAAACAUGGACGAUAAUUCACGAGACGCUCAGGAUCACACAGAAGAUAGGUCACCACACAAAAAAGAUGAAGAAGAUACAAAUUUGCAGGACGCCAACAUGGAGGUAGCUCAGCUGCAGGGCCUGGUGGCAGAGCUGCGCGAAGGGCUUCGCAUUUCCGUGGCGGAGCUGUGCGAGCUGCGGCAGAAGGACCGGCGAUUAGAAGGAAGCCUGCAGGCUCACCAGACCGACGUGGAUGAUAAGAUUAUGGGCCUCAAGAACUCACUCAACACUUUCAAGGAGGAACUGAGCACUGCGUUCUUCCACAUCCAGCACGUAUCCAACAGACAACAGGAGAUGAUCAAGCAGCUAGAACAGCUCCAGCCAGACGCCCCCAUCAACGUCCCACAAAGCAGAAGAAGUUCCAAGUCGGAUGUGUUGAGCGCAUCCGAGGACGAGCGCAUCUGUGCACCCGGCCGAUCGGAGCUCAGCAUCUUCCAGCGGUACUUUGGCGACUCGCCGCAGUCGCAGAGGAGCGUCACGUCUUUACAGACAUCUGUUUCGGAGCAGCAGAGAUGUGGUUUGUCCAGAGAUCCGGCGUGGGGGGAUGGCAGGAAUGGUAAAGAGGACACAGACACGCUCAACAGCCUGACGGAAAACAGUAUGAGACAGAAAGCCGCCUUGGAGCUUCUGGAGUCGGAGAGGAUCUACGUGUCCCACUUGUCCUUGCUGCUGAAGGCCAACAUCUCUUUCAACGGCUCGGAAGCGCUCGCAGCAAAGGACAAACGGCCGUUUCCCAGCUCUUUGAGGUUCCUGAUCCAGCAGCACUUGGACCUGCUGCACGCCCUGCAGGAGCGCGUCCUCAGGUGCCAGUGGCAAGGCAUCAUGGGAGAUAUCUUCAUGAGGCUCACCAGUAAAGAGAGUGAUUUCCUCGAUUUGUACGUUUCCUAUCUGAAGGAGCUGCCCGAUUGUCUGGCCGUGGUCACUGUGCUGGCCUCCAAUGCUGUCAAAUCGUCCACCUUCCUGGAGAAUGACGUCAUGGGCGACGAGUCCAGACCCUCACUGCACACGUUGCUCCUCCAACCGGUGCAGAGAAUUCCGGAAUACUUGCUUUUGCUGCAGGCUUUGCUGAGGCAGACGGAGGCCUCGCACCCAGACUACUAUUUGCUACUAGUGUGUAUUCAGCAGUUCCGCAACUUCAACAGCCAGCAUCAGCACCUCCUCCAGCGUAACCAGGAACUCCUGAUGCACAGCCGCUUGGAGGUCAAGAGUAGCAGGUCGUCCAUGAAGCAGCUUCUAAGGAACAUGGAAGGCGGCCUUCAAGUAUCUCCUUACCCUCAUAGCAAGGAGCACGCUAAUCAGGCCAAACACAGCAAGCAACGUCUUCUGGAGCAGAUCCAGUCCAGCCAUCGCUUCCACGAGCGGGAUCGUGUGCAGGAGCCUGAAGUUAACUGUUACGAUGCCGAGUGGGGGACUCAGCUGCAGUUCUACAGCCCUGACGUGGACUCGCGCAAACACAAAGCCACAGGUUUGGGCAGCAUUCCGGAAACAGAAGCAUCCGAGGGCUCCGGCCAGCAUCGUGUACCUGCCAGACCCUCAGAAUUCCGGCAGGUCCAGCCAGGCUCGGCUUUGGCCGACGCCUUGGAGGAGUUCCUUCUCCCUCCGGAGCCUCCUGGGAUGGAGUGUCUCUACGAGGAAGAAAGCAACUCCCUCCACGAUGCGUCCGCGUUCGACGGCAGCUCUACGCCCUCGUCCGACUCGUCCAUCGACAUCGCCUUCGUCAAGUGUCCCAAAAGUCCCAUCACUCCAUCGCGCCACGCGCCGACAAACCGGGAUUUCUUCGGCAACGGUUACAACAAACCCAAUCGAGCGUGCGGCUCCCCGGACGAAGCUGUGCCGAUGCACCACGCUUAUCAACGCCCCCUUCAGGCCAGCCAGCGUAAAAAAAGCAAGUCACUGAACGGACUGCAGAUGGACAGCACAGCGAUGGAGAGCGGCCACGCCAAACUGGAACGGCAGGGCAGCAGAGGGUGCGCCACGCCGUCUCGUAAGAUCCACAGCUCGCCGGUGGUGAGCAAGAAGGACUGCGAGAAGCCCAGCGACGACCUUCAUGGGGUCCCCGCUAUGCCGUCGUGGGCGGAUGAGGAAGAUCACCAUCACACGCCCCUCAGCGAGCGAAGCCGCAAGCAAGACAAGGGAGGCUUUAGGAGCUCCUUCAAGAAACUCUUCAAAAAGAAGGGCGGUGACGACGAUAAGAAGAAAGCGGCGGCAGAGAAAGGUCAAGAGAAUCAACAAGUGGAUGUUAGAGGCACUGCAGUGUGAACCUUUGUUGAAGUAAAGCACAAAGCAGAAUGUUAUACACAAUAUACACCGAGCGCUGCCGCAUAUCGCAAACGUCACGACGAUUUUGAUAAAGACAUCAAAAUGGCCGCAAAGCACAACCGUUUAUAUCCGAAUGAAGCUUUUCAACGUAGUUCACAGAAGAGUUGGGAAACUCCUACUUCGCCCAUCUCUAGCUUCAGAUUGUAGACAUGUUUAUAUGUUUGAAGUAUGACAGUUAAAGGAUGUAGAAAAAUGGGUUUUGCUUUUUUUUUUGCUUUAAAUGUUCCAAAUAAGCUGUUAAGUGUAAUUUUAGUACAAAUAAAUGACAUGUAUUUCCUCACUUGACGAUAUGGAGUAAAUUGUAGUUUCAGUAUAAAAUCGGCAAAGGUAUGUAUUUAAAAAAUAAAAUGGCCUAUAUUGGUUUAUAAAAUCGACCGAUUUCUGCCCAUUUCCAAAGAGCUAAUAACAAAAUGACAAUUUGGACCAAUCAAGGCGUGACAUCCUUUUUUUUAAUGCGUUAACCUCUCAUCCUCAUAAAUCUUGUUACACUUCUCAAAACAAAAUAUAGGCAAUUGUACAGUAUGUAAAACAAACCCAAUUUUAUUUUACACUAUAUACAUGUCAUGAUGUGCGCAUCGCAUCGUGAAAAACAAACAAAGCAACGUGUGUGAGGUCAAUAUCAACAAAAGCGUCAGAACAGAACGGAAGGGCCGAGACAUUUUAGUGUGUUGGUUGUGUCAGUGAUCACGUUAAAUAUGCUGGGUGGUUAAAGUCAUGUAAAAGGAGAUGAAUUCAAAACACAUUUCGGUGGAAUGUCUCAUUCGUGCUGUCAAAUGUGGCGUUGCAAAGCCGCAACGUCACAAGGCCGACUGAAUCCAAAUUGACACUGGGUGCUUAUCACAUGAAAUGAGUCAAAUCCACAUUUUAACAUCCAUGUAUGGAAUGUGAAACUUUUUUUUUUUUUUAAUUUAUAAUUGGAGUUGGUUAAAAAAAUUUGCAACAUGCAAGUGGAGUGAUCAUUCGUGGAGAUUAAGUUUUGGAAAUAUUUAGUUUUCUUAUACUUGAUAUUUCACAGCUUAAAAAAAAAUGAUAGGCUAGUUUUUGGGGACAUCGCAUUUCCUCAAAUAAUGGCCUCGCCUCUGACAGACACCGUGACUCAAUUAAUCACCAAGUCUGUCAUCAAAAUGAACAAAAAAAAAAACUUCCCCAAAAAAGUAGCUGAUAUGACCGGUGGCUGUGAAUCGUGUUUCAAUGUGUGUGCAUUAUAUAUUACUAUAGUGCAAUAUAUUAUUUGAUUUAAGUAUAAUUAUGGGAAACGUUUUGAAAUAUAUAUGAUGAUGAACAAUUUUUCAUUUGCUCUCUUUGAGACACACUGCACAUAAUUGCAUUUGCUCCAGGCCACUAUUAGAGGAAAGUACAGGAUUCAGUAUCUUGUCAAAAUGGUUUCAUUAAGGUCGUUUUGAAUUUCUAUUUACUUGUAAAAUUUUAAUUUAUUUGAAAACUUAAGCUGAAAUCACAUGAUCCGAAACAUGAAAAAACACAAAUAUGUCAAAUUAAAAAAAAUAAAACAAAAAACAAACGUGAAGAGGCAAUAUUUUUUGUUUCAAUUCGAGUAUUGUUUGAGGUUUCAUAAGUGUCAUUUAAAUUUAUGGGAAGGAGUGUUCUAUUUUAUCCUUUUAAGUUUUCCAAGAAAUAAUUUGAACCAAAAUUGCCAAAGGGUUGAGAAAUGAGCUUCAUGUUUUUAUGUAAGUAAAUCAAUUUACGAGGAGCUUGUUUUAAGAAGUUUAAAACUUUUAUACUAACGUGAGCUCUGUGUACGGACACAUGUGACGCGACUUGUGUAAGUCUCCCUUUCAAUCUUACGGAAUUGUUUUAAUCAUGAAGCUCCUUUAAGUUUCGAUGUCGAUAUUGUGACAAAAAACUUCAGUUGUUAUUCACUGGGGGGACUGACGUGUAGCCUGCUAAGGACAAAAUGUUUGUACAGACGCACAUUCAUAAUACACACACUCACUUCCGCAGGCAUGACAUCACAUUUUUUUCGCAAACACCCUAUUCUCUGUGCAAAUGUUUUAACACCAGUGGUUCAAAUAAAAAAACAUAAAAAGCUUUAUGAUCAGAACUGCAUAAGAAAAAGACGUUUAAAAAUGACAACAAAAAAAAAAAACCUGUGCAGGAUGAGCAAGUCGUCAUCUUGUGUCGGCAUUUCAACAAA